GUUUAUGAUAUGUGACUAAACAUCAUUUUUUAGAUUAAGAUGUAAUUGACAUGAACCCCAAUUUUAUUUUAGUGAAUUGUUGGGCCAUUUCAGCCCAACCCAGCCCAACAAGUACCAGCGUUAACAUUUCGCGCGGCUGCUCUCAGUUUCUGACUGAGCGAGUUUCACAACCUCGCCACCCUCCUUCGACUGCCGUUUGCUAAUGGCGUCGACACCGUUUUCUGCGAUCCUCCGCCACAAGUUCCAGAACCUCACCGCAAACUUUCAGCUUCUGAGACUAUACCGCUCCGCCUCCACCACCGUCACGAAGCGGAGAGACCUCUACUCCAGAAUCAGCCCUCUCGGAGACCCUUCUGUCAGCGUUGUUCCCGUUCUCGAAAAAUGGGUCCAACAGGGUAACGCUAUCAAGGAGAAGCAGCUCCAGCUCAUCGUCAAAACUCUCCGCACCCGGAAACGCUUCACUCAUGCACUUCAGGUUUCUGAGUGGAUGAGUAGCAAAGGGCUCUGCCCAAUUUCGCCGGGUGACCGAGCCGUGCAGCUAGGUCUUAUCGGUAGAGUUCAUGGACUGGAGAGUGCAGAGAGCUAUUUUCAGAAUUUGAGUGAUAUUGACAAAACUGAAAAAGUCCAUGGUGCCCUUUUGAAUUGUUACGUGAGAGCAGGAUUAGUUGACAAGUCACUCUCCCAGAUGCAGAAGAUGAAGGAAAUGGGUUAUGUUUCUUGUCUCAAUUACAACAAUAUAAUGUGCCUCUACGCACAAAGUGACCAACAUGAGAAAGUACCUGGGGUUUUAGCAAUGAUGAAAGAGGACGGUGUUUCUCCUGACAUUUUCAGCUACAGGGUUUGCAUAAACUCUUAUGGCGCCAGAUCUGACCUCGAGAAUAUGGAGAAACUGUUGGAGGAAAUUGAAAGAGAAGGCCACACAUGCGUGGAUUGGAUGACAUAUUCUACAGUGGCCACCUUCUACAUCAGAGCAGGCCUGAAGGAGAAAGCUCUGGCCUGCCUGAAGAAGUGUGAGGACAAUUUAGACAAACGCAGCGCGGUUGCUUACAACCAUCUAAUUUCACAUUAUGCAGGUCUUGAGAUGAAGAAAGCCAUGAUGAGAUUGUGGAAACUUCAGAAGGCUAACUGUAAGAGGCAACUUAAUGGGGAAUAUAUAACCCUGUUGAGUUGGCUGGUGAAGUUAGGGGACCUUGAUGAAGCUGAGUAUUUACUUGGUGAGUGGGAGUUAUCUGGUAACACUUACGAUUUCAGGGUGCCAAACAUCCUCCUGAUCGGAUAUUCAAAGAAGGGAUUGAUUGAAAAGGCGGAAACAAUGCUCCGAAGCAUGGUUGAGAAAGGGAAGACUCCUAAUCCUUACAGUUGGUCUAUCGUUGCAUCUGGGUAUGUGGCCAAGGAGAACAUGGAGAAGGCAUUUCAGUGCCUCAAGGAAGCUUUGGCUGUGCUAGCUGAGAAUAAAGGUUGGAGACCAAAACCUAAUGUUGUUUCCAGCAUAUUGAGUUGGGUUACUGAUAACAGAGAUAUAGAGGAAGUAGAAGAUUUUGUAAAUUCAUUGAAGAAAGUGAUGUCAAUGAAUAGGGACAUGUAUCGGUCCUUGAUCAAGCUACAUGUUAGAUGUGGGAAAGAAGUAGAUGGGGUUUUAGAGAGCAUGAAAGCUGACAAUAUUGAGCUCGAUGAAGAGUUGGAGGAAAUUCUUAAGUCGAGAUUGCAAUAAUAUUGAUUAUUUGUUCUCCCUCCAUAUUUUUGUCUUACUAACAUAGCACUAUUUGCUUUUUUUUUUACCUAUUCUCUUUUUCUGGACUGAAGUUUUCUUUAUCUGUUUAAAACCUUCUUUUAUCACUGUAGGCGCUUAAUGCUUAAAUGUAACUCGAUGUAAUUUACUAAGAAUUGAAGAAUUGGGUGACAUGAUCACGGUGAUAAGUUUUUAUCACA